CGACGGUACUGAGCGGGGAAGAAGGUCGCCAUUUCGGCGGGGUAUUGCUUCCCGAAGCGGAGCAUAUAACGGGUGUAACGCCCUUCGAUGAAUACUUAAGCUUCUUGUCGAUCGGUUAAAAAAGCUUACAUGAGUGAUCAUCCCUCUGUUUCCCCACCAAAAGUGUAGACAUGUUCUCAAAUCCACGCCUAGAACGGGCCCGCGCACUCGCUUUUAGCCUCGUUGCUGCGAGCUCUCUCGUCGCCGCUGGGCCCUGCGAUAUCUACUCUUCUGGCGGCACUCCAUGCAUUGCUGCGCACAGCACCACACGAGCCCUGUAUAGCGCCUAUUCCGGCUCAUUAUACCAGGUGAAACGCGGUUCCGACAAUACCACGACUAGUAUUUUACCGCUUUCUGCUGGUGGUGUCGCCAAUGCCGCCGCGCAGGAUUCCUUCUGCGCCAGCACAACCUGCCUUAUAACUAUCAUUUACGACCAGUCCGGCCGCGGCAACCAUCUCCGCCAGGCUCCUCCUGGUGGAUUUAGCGGCCCAGAAUCCAAUGGCUAUGACAAUCUCGCCAGCGCCAUUGGCGCACCGGUCACGCUGAACGGCCAGAAGGCAUACGGAGUCUUCAGUUCACCUGGUACUGGCUACAGCAACAACGCCGCUAGCGGCACAGCUACAGGUGAUGCAGCAGAGGGCAUGUACGCUGUCCUAGAUGGAUCACACUACAACGGAGGUUGCUGCUAUGACUAUGGUAAUGCUGAAACCAACAGUCAUGAUACUGGCAACGGUCAUAUGGAGGCUAUUUACUAUGGUGAUAGCACUGCCUGGGGCUCUGGCGCUGGAAGUGGCCCUUGGAUCAUGGCCGACCUUGAGAACGGCCUGUUCUCAGGAGUUAGUCCUGGCAACAACGCUGGCGACCCCUCGAUCUCCUACCGGUUUGUCACUGCGAUCGUUAAGGGAGAGCCAAACCAUUGGGCAGUCCGCGGUGCCAAUGCUGCGUCCGGCACGUUGUCAACAUACUAUAGCGGUGUACGCCCAAGCGUGUCUGGCUACAACCCAAUGAGCAAAGAGGGUGCCAUAAUUCUUGGUAUCGGCGGUGACAACAGUGUCAGUGCCCAGGGCACAUUCUAUGAAGGCGUGAUGACCACCGGCUAUCCGUCUGAUGCCACCGAGGCCUUAGUUCAAGCCAACAUCGUCGCCGCCAAAUACGCCACCACCUCAUUGACUAGUGGCCCAGCACUCACUGUCGGCUCGUCCGUCUCUCUACGGGUUACCACAUCCUGCUGCACAACACGCUACCUGGCACACACCGGUUCCGUUGUCAACACUCAGGUUGUCUCGUCAUCCAGCACCACCGCCCUCAAGCAACAGGCCAGCUGGACAGUUCGCGCCGGCCUCGGUAACAGCGCCUGCUUCUCUUUCGAGUCAAAGGAUACCGCCGGCAGCUACAUACGGCACUACAACUUUGCACUCGUGCUCAACGCCAACGACGGAACCAAGCAGUUCCGCGAAGACGCCACCUUCUGCCCGCAGACCGGCCUCAACGGACAGGGUAGCUCAAUUCGAUCAUGGGGUUAUCCCACUCGCUAUUUCCGCCACUACGACAAUGUGGCCUACACUGCUAGCAACGGUGGGGUUCACUCGUUCGAUGCUGCCAGUUUGUUCAACGAUGAUGCGAGCUGGGUCAUUGGCACUAGCUUUGCUUAAGGCCUGACACAUCUCCUACCAAAGCAUUGGCGCAUCUUGUGUCUCAAGCAUCAAAUUUUAUGAAAGAUAUUCUUUCCUUGAC